CAUAUCGUCGUAUAUACUUCUUUCACAUUUGGACGAGGCCUUCUUGAAAACCAGCCGAGGUCCAGAAGCCGACGCGAGUCAGUGAAUGUCGCGCGACCCGAACGGUGCGUCAGGACAGUAACCCACGCGAUGUUUUCCCUGGACGAAAGUAGUUAGUGAUCGUAACAAAACAAAACAUCAACAAGAACGACAAAGAAAUUUACAAGAAAAUUACAAUUCGAAUAAACAAACAAACAAACAAAAAAAAAGAAAAUAAACGUGCCACAUUCCAAAAGGAAAACGUCGAUUCAUUCCUGCCUAAGGAUAUUAUGGAUAUUGAUGAGGAUAAAUUCUAUAGAUUGGCCUAGCAAUGCCCUGUCACACCAGGAUGAAAACAUUACAUUCACAAGGGAUUCUUCUUUCGCUCUACUUUCUCGGACUAACUCUGAUGGUCACGUCACUUGAGCCUGGGUUCUUGGAUUUCGAUAAUUUGCCAGACACGAAUUUCACGUGCGUCGGUAAAGUCAUCGGCGGAUACUAUGCCGAUCUGGAGACGUCUUGCCAAAUGUUCCACGUUUGUACAAUUGGUCAAAUGGAUGAGCCCAUGGACAUCAGAUUCCUGUGCCUCAACGGAACUGUUUUCGAUCAGGAAACUCGUGUCUGCGAAAGGAUCGACGAGGUGGAUUGCUCGAAAUCGGAGCAAUUUUAUAGUUUGAAUUUGGAACUUUAUGGUAAUACACAGCCACCAAUACUAGAAGAUUCACCCGACACUGAGCCUCCUGAUAUUUAUAAGCAGUCCUCGACGACGACGACCACAACCACCCCAAGACCCACGAAACCGAAGACGACUAGACCCAAUUUCAUCAUCACCACAACGAAUAGACCUCCGGUGACAACGCUUACAGAGAAAAUCCUCAACUUCCAGGGUUCAAAUUCUGCAGAUAUCCGCUUCAAUCCUGAGGAGAUCAACAUUAGCUUGAAUCCUGGUGCACCGCCGAGCAUCAGGCCAAAACCCAUCUCGUUCCAGCAGCAAUCUUUCAGCGACACCAACAAACGGGUUAUAGUUACAACGCACACGACCGUUUACAAGACAGAAGCUGAUACGCAGAAGAUAUCGACGACGCAAAAACCCAAAGAGCUGGAGGAUAGUCAGGAAGAUACUGAGAACUAUUACAAUACAGAAACUGAAUCAUAUCAAUUCCAUCCCAACUUCCGACCGUCUCACGAUUUACAAGGCUUUUCUUCCCCGAAGAACGAUUAUAAAUCUAGCACGUUUAGAUCUCUCUAUCAAACUACAACUGACGAUUCUCUUAAGUUGAGUUAUAAUCAAAGGGGUCCUACGACCUACAGGAACCAUCCUUUCAACUCGCCGGUGAAGCCAUCUCCUUCGUAUUACCACCAAACCGAUAAACCGCCAAGGAUACAACUACCUCUACCACUACCACUCAUACCGACUAUAUCUCCUUUAACUUUUAGUUCUCCGGCGCCGUUCUCGCUUAACAGACACGUAGAAACGAAGAGAUUCACGGACCAUCAUCAACCGCCUAGGAUUGUUAUCAGUGCGAGCGCCAGCGUUAGCGAUGCAAGCGGAAGGAAAUUCAAUUAUAGUUUAGGCACGAUCGGAGAUUCAAAGUUUUUCGGACAACCACCACCCUCGUACGAUGAGUACAAAGAGGAUGAUGUCGGGUUGGAUCCCUUCUACCACGACGUGCCUAAAUUAGGGCGCAGAAAGCGUCAUUACUUGAGAGUUAGAAGGAAUAAGCGUAGUUUAGAGAGCAAAGAGAAGCACAAAGUUAAGCUUCCAGAGAUCAACGGCGAACAGGACGCCAUCGAAGUUAUCAGAUUCUUGUACAACUGGUAUAAUGAGCACAAUAAAACAUCGAAAGCUCUGAUUUCUUUCCCGAUCAAUCCGGAUACUAUCACCGAGAUCAACGAUGAAUUAACACCAAGAACAGACGAUUAUCUUUACGAGAACUCUGAAUAUAACUACGAAGUGGCUAAGAACAGCAUUCCACAAACUUUGCAAGAAUUGAAACCUCCAGAAUUGAAAAACGAUAGUGUUAAAGAAAACAAUGAAGGAACUACCGUAUCCGAAGAUUAUGAUUUAACUUCAUCAGGGGAAUCAACUAAAAAUUACGAAAUUUUAGAUGUGAAAUCCCGGAAAAUAAAACAGCCACCACGACUGAGUAUUACACGGAACUUUACGAUUACGUCGAUGAUAAUUACGAAGCGAAGACGGGAGAUUAUGAGUAUAAUGAUAAAACGGUUCACGAUAAAGUUGAUGACGUUAAUUAUCAGGUUUUGGAUGGGGAAGUGUCGAAGCUCAAUGAUUACGUGGACGAUAAUUACGAGGGUUACAAUUCUACAGCAGUGUAUAACCACUAAUAAACCUAACUUGACCACGGAGUCUCCGCAAAACGUUACAGAUUACGAGGAGUAUUAUGAUGAAGAGGAGACUACUACUGCUGAGCCUGUGACUCAGACUGAAGAAAUCGAUGUUGGUACCACGAUGUUCCCAUCGACUGUUGAUGUUCCUAAAGAUGAAAGCACUGAGUCCGUGGAGUCGACCACGACGAUCGUAGAUAACACUCUCGACAAAGAAGAUGUGGAGACUACGACUUAUCCGGAUCUGCAGAAGUUCAUCUUGGAUGUUGAAACCACAACGAAUAGUAUUUCAGAGAUAAAUCCCACUACAACACCCGUUACUGAAACCAUUACAACUACUGUUUUUACUCCGGAAGAGGAAACUACUACUCCGGUUAUAACAACAACUGAAGAACCUACAACAUUAAAUCCUUACACGUAUUUGACUACUACCACUGAGGUUAUACCAGAAACAUCUACGGAAAGUUUAACAACGACUAAGCGAAGGCAAUUGUACCAGAGGAACCACAGAUUUGGGACUUACGGAAACAAGAAGAGGAAGCCGUCGAUCACGGAGGAAAUCGUGGAUGUGAUAAAGAAUAAGAUGGACAAUGUGGAAGAUUCGAAGGUAGAUUUAGGUAGGAAAAAGAUAGAGUUUAAUAUAAACGCGUACACCGCCAAUCUGGCGUAUCGGAACAAGAACGGCGAAGAAGAUGAAGCUUCCGUGACGGAUGCGUCCUUCGCCCGAAGUGCCAAUCCGACUGUCUCGAAGCAGUCGAAAGACUACCUUGUCACGACACCGUUAACGAAAUCCGGCAAAGAUUUCAAGUUCAAUUGCUUCAACAAACCCAUCGACCGAUUCUACUCGGACCCAAGAGACUGCAGACUGUUCCAUUACUGCACGCAAGGCUACACCAAGACGCAGCUGCUGGACAUGAAGUUCGUUUGUGAUUUAGGUACAUUCUUCGAUCAAGAGAAACUCAUUUGCACGAAAACCAAGCCAUCCAGGUGUACGUAACUCCCGUGUGUUUGUUUGUUCAUUAACUUCUCGGAACUCGCCCUCGGCCCUUGACCCAAUAACAACAAUAAUAAAGAAAAGACAUUUCCCAAAAAUUAAGAAA